AUAAGAGCGAUACAUGUGUGCCUGAUCUUGUCGUGUUCACUUGUCGUUACGAUUUUUAAUAAAAUCAGCCGACCAGGAACCCGGCAAGUACACGUGACGUGACGAGUCCCUGCCUCAACAACAAAAGACACCUUUGUCUUCUCUGGUCUUCUCAAAUGCAAUGAAUGUUUCCCGUCCCAAAUAUUUUCUUUUCUGUCGUAUAACUCCAUAUGUUACCAACGCAGUAUAUUUUACCCACUUGUACUCGUGUAUUUUCCAGUUUCUCCUUAUACAUAACCUCUCCUGGGUCUCUAUGGCCGUCUGUUUAUGUUCCAUUUGAGCAUGUAUGAAUGGAAAACGUAAUAGUUUUCUCGAUACGUGUGCAAAUAUAGUCCUAUUUUAAUGAACUCCUUUUUCAUUUUUUUCUGAAGGUUCAAAAUGUCUGACCAAGAUUCUCCUGGGUCUACUCCCAGUCGUAUUCCCUUUAAAAUUGUGGACUACACAAGGGAGAAGAAGUUUGGGAUUGUGGCAGGCAGUCUUGAAGAGCUAGUUUCUAAAGCAUGUGAAAAGCUGGAAGUGAACCAGAAUGCAGUUGUCAAAAUUGUGCUUGACAUUGAUGGUACAGAAGUUGAUGAUGAAGAAUAUUUUGAAACUCUGGAGAGCAACACUGUUUUGAUGCUCCUGAUUGAUUCACAAAGGUGGCUCAUGCAUGGAAAACCUCGAGGGUGUAUAAUUCUGGAUGAGACAGACGGCAGAUGUGGACAAGCCCGUCAGCUGGUGGAAAGACUACACUCUGACAUGUCUUAUAUCACAAUGUUGGGUGGUAAGGAGCUUGAAAUGCUGACUGACAUGGACCCAGAGAGCUUAUCAGAUAUUGACAGGACCUUUGUGGAGCAGCUGCAACAGGCAAGCGGGCGCUUCCUAGCCGAGCGCCGUGAAGCCCAGGAUGCACUGCACAUGCUCAAGCUCUACAACAGCAAGGAGGAUUUCCAGCAGAGCAAGAAGGAGAAAGUAUGAGAAUUAGCCAACGAGAGCAGUGACUGCUUCUCGUUGAAUGUCUGACAUUUUGCCUCCCAGCUGCGCCACCUUGUACAUCGACCAAACAGACUACCUCUGGGUUUCAGAAUUCGUUUCCGACACCUUGAUGUAGUUUUCAUUUUCUGAUUUUCAUGUUUUUGCUCAUUCCAUUUCUUCUGAUAAGGAAAGUGGAGAUGCAAUAAUAUCCUACACCAAAUGAUGUACAACCAGGUGCAGUUGGGAGUCUGUUUAACUAGUAUUGAAACAUGUGUGUUUUAGUUUUAGAUUUAGCAUACAUUUGUGGUGUUUAGGAAUUUUAACCAGAACCGAUUGAUUGUUAUAUGGGGAAAGUUCUUUAGUUUUAGGUCCUAAGGGGACCUACUUGAUACAAUUUGGCCAUUUCGUGCUCUAAGGCUGAUAUGUCUCAAACGGGCCAUCUCAAUGUAUGGCCAAACUAAGUAGUUUUGUUACAGGAACUUCAGUCAGACUUCUAAGUGCCCUAAUCAUUAAUAUUUGUGAUUUAUAGCUUGAGAAUUUGCUGAUAUGAGGUCAAACUCGGCUCAAACACUGCCAUUUUUCAUGAAUUUCCUUAACUAUUUCAACAAGAUUCAAUGGACUCACCAUGGACUGGUGUUCUUACUGUUAAGAGAAUAGUAUUCUGCCAUGUCAUUUCUUAAAUUAAAAUUAGGUCAAUUAAAAGCUCGCUACUAAGUUUAUCUAGAGAAACAAUUUUUUGCUACAUGUUGACUGUUACAUGCUUCUUUUAAUUGGAAAGUAACAAAGAGAUCCAUCUACGACAAUCAGUGGCAGUUGCAUUGCAAAUCUCUGUUUGAUUUUUCGUGCAUUUCAUUUCAUGCAAAGUUUGGAAUAUUUGUUUAAAACAUUCCUAAUUUUGAUUGAUUGGAGGAGUGCGGUCAAUAAUAAACUUUACCAUGGCAUUGACAAAAAGAAAAAACUGAUCAUCUAGUUUUCAACUGGCUCCCAUUAGUCUUGAUUUUACCUAUAUUAUACAUAAGCUGUUAAUCUAAUCAUGAAGCAGGAGCAGUACUUUUUCAAAAGGUAUGCAAACCUGUUCCUUUCUCAAAUAGAAAUUUUUGAUUUUCUUUAUUAUUUCAAGAAUGUCUUGUAAUAUUUUUUACUCGAGAAGCACCUCAAUCAAACUUAUUAUGUGCACUCUGAAUUUUAAGAUUCCAAAACAGUUCUUCUUUGCUCAUUGUUUUCUAAAACUAUUCUACUAUUCACUGCCUCUAUUGUGAGAAUAUUUUUCAAUAAACUACGCUCAAGUAUAUGAUUGUGGAUAGAAGUGUCAAAAAUGGACUAUGACAGAAACAAGUAAUUUUGGGUGGGAAAAAGAUUCUUAUUAUGACAGUCACUCUGAUCCUUUCACUCUCUUACUUCUAGAGUGAUCACAUUUCUUAUGAGAUUGUUGAUUUUGUUUACUGUCUUUCCAAAUCAUGUUGGUUGACCAACAUUUUAGCUCAAUUAUGUAAAUUUUACUACCUAAAAGUGUCUCUAGGAGUUGAGUCAAUUUCAACGUAACACGGGGAUAUUCAUGAUACCCUGAAAGCUGUAAAUGUACUGCUGUCAAGAUAUUUUAACUAUUCAACUAUAACUCUCUGGUUUACUGUCUUAUCCACUUCUUGCUCUUUAAUGUGAAUGCACUGCUUUUUCAUAAUUUUGGCUAAUGUUGUUUGUUGUUGUUUUAGUGACAAAAGUUGUUUGUUUUGCUGUGAUGUGUUUACCCAUCAUCUUGGGACUUGAUGGAUGUGUUUAAUGAUCUAAGAAUAGAGACAGGGGGUAUAUUGUGAGCUUUUAAGCAAGUUUGGGUUGAGCACAAAAGCUGCUUGAUUAUUUAAGUAUAUCUGUACUCACAAUCUACAGUUGCCAAUUUUUGUAUCAAAAAUUGUCAAAACUAAUUAUUUAUUUAAGUUCAGAGAUUUGUCCAAGGUUUCACAUCAACAGAACAACCUUGUAAAGGUAGAAAGACUCGGUGAAGAAUUUGUACACCAAGACUUAUCUGUUUGGUUGGUCUGUUUCUGCGAUCUACAAUAGAACUGAAAUUUAAAUGAAAUUGUUUUGAUUGGUCAGGGAACCUAUCUCGGUUCUUUUAAUUGUGGCUGAGGACUAACAAGGACUGUUUCAGACUGAAAGAGAUCUCAAUCGUGGACUGCCUGAAGUAAGGGGGUAAAAUUUGAGACUUUGCAAAUGGUUUUGUGUGUUUGGUAUUUAUCAUUAUGUCUAUAAUGUAUUAUUGCCUUCUUAAGUUCCUUAACUUGUGUCUUUUGGAUAUUCAUAUCAGUACAUAGAGGCGAGUACUACUGCAAUACAUUGUAUAACUGCCAUGAAGAGAAAGGUAUAUGUGGAAUAAAUUGCUGUAAAUAAUUGCAAAUUGUCAGUAUUAAGUAGCAUUGUUAAUGGCGCCAGCUGUCUCAUUGGUGUUGUACAGGUGCUACGAAACCUUUAUUUUACUUAUCUUCUGCAAGACGCUGGGUAGGCCAACCCGCCAAGCAGCUGUGUGUAGCCGGCAACUCGUUGGACUCGUCCUGAGCGCUCCAGUAAGCAGGGCAGGGAUUAUCCGGCAACCGGUAAGCUUUGUGCCAAAACGCCUUAACGCGUCACCUCACCUCGGGGGAUGUUUAUUGUGGUGGUACUUUGAAAGGACUAAGUCUUUCCAUAAAAACAAGUUAGCAAUGCGAGUGGGCCUCUGCUUUAUCUCUACUAAUCCACCCAUGGUAUUUGCCAAUCUUGUUCAGAACAGCUCUCCUAUUGCUCAGUCACUUGUAUUGCGGUUUCUCAGUUGACAUAUAUUAUUGUGAUUUCUGAAACAUGUGGAUCAACUGAUGUAGUAUACUGUGCAAUCAGUGUAACAUCUUAAUUUGACUGACUAGACUGAAUUUCAAAAAGAAGAUGUAAUCUUUGUGACUCAUCACACAUUGAAAUUUUAAGUUUCAUAAAAUGCCUCAGUAACCCAUGUAGAUCUGUUUUAAUAAGUGGUAUCAACUUCUUUUGUGUUUAUAAUGGAUGGGGUGUAACUUUGUCACCUAUACUCUGAAUGUUGAUUAUACUCAGCAAUUUAUGGAAGAAGUUUGUAACAAUCUUAAUCUGAAAAAAGAGAGAGAAAUGGAGAGGUGCUAAACUAAACUACAUAUGCAUUUCGUUGCAUGUAAAACUUUAAGCAUUACUGUAAAUCUGUAGUUUAAAAUAAAUUAUGUCAAAAGCAU